UCGUUGGAGUACCACAUGGCGGGGCACAACAAGGAGAAGCGAUAUGAGUGCGACGUGUGUGGCAAGGCCUGGCAGUGCCCAAGCAAGCUGGAGAUCCACCGGCGGGUGCACACGGGAGAACGCCCAUUUGACUGCUCGGAGUGCGGCAAGAACUUUGCCAGCUACUACAACCUGCUGCGGCACAACCGCGUGCACUCCAGUGAGAGGCCCUUCACCUGCUCGGACUGCGGCAAGAGCUUCAAGACGGCAAUGGUCCUGAAGAGACACCGGCGGGUGCACACGGGCGAGGGGCCCUAUGGCUGCUCCACCUGCGGCAAGAGCUUUGCCCGGUUGGCGUGGCUACGGCGGCACCGGCAGGUGCCCAGCAGUGAGUGGCCCUUCACCAACUCCGACUGUGGCAAAGGCUUUAAGUCGUCCACGAACCUGAAGGUGCACGGGCGCCUGCACACCGUGGAACGGCCCUUCACCUGCAGUGACUGCGGCAAGGGCUUUACCCAAGCCAGCAGUCUGCUGGUGCACCAACGCAUCCACACUGGCGUGUGGCCCUACACCUGUGUCCAGUGCGGUAAGGGCUUCACCCAGUCCAGCAACCUGCUGCAGCACCAGCGCACCCACACCGGCGAGCGUCCCUACACCUGCGCCCAGUGCAGCAAGGGCUUCAUCCGCUCCACCAGUCUGCUGUCCCACCAGCGGGUGCACGCCGGCAACCGUCCUGUCCCCAUCCCGGUGUGUGGAAAGCGCUUUGCCAUGGCCUCCCACGCCCUGAUCACCAGCAUGUGCACACCAGUGGCCAGCCCUACGACUGCCCGUACUGUGGUGAGGCGUUUGGCAGCUCACGGGGGCUGCGGCAGCACCGGCGGUCCCACGUCGGCGAGCAGCUGCUCCCACUGUGACAAGAGAGCAUGGGGGCUGCGGGAGCACCAGCGGAUACACACCAGAGAGAGACCCUUUGUGUGCGCUGAGUGUGGCAAGGGUUUCACCCGCAUGUCCAGCCUGUGGCAGCACCGGCGUACCCACAGCGGUGAGUGUCCCUUCCCCUGCCCGUCCUGUGGUAAGGGCUUCACCCGCCUUGACCACCUGCUGGAGCACCGGCGAGUCCACACUGGCCAGCGCCCCUUCACCUGCCCGCUCUGUGGCAAGGCCUUUGCCCGCUCCUCCAGCCUGCUGGCACACCGCCACGUGGAUAGGCACUGUUUAGGUAAACACAAAAUGCUGGAAGGAAUGGGUAACGUUUCUGGUCGAGACCUUCCUCAGUCUCGACCCGAAAUGUCACCCAGUCCUUCUCUCCAGAGAUGCUGCCUGUCCCGCUGAGUUACUCCAGCAUUUUGUGUCCUUUUUUGUAAACCAGCAUCUGCAGUUCCUUGUUUUUAAACCAUUCUGGUUAACCAUCUCUGCACCUUCCCCAAAGCCUCCACAUCAGUCCUGUAAUGGAGUGACCAGAACAGUAUGCAAUACUCCAAAUGCUACCUGACUAAUGUCCCUUAAAGCUGCACAUUUACAUUCCUCUCUCCUUAUCUCACAUCCUUUUAUCUAAUUUUCCCUCGCUCUGUCACUUACU